AUGGCACUCACCCUCAGACGCCACCAUACAUAUGAGUACGGCGCUUUUCGGGAGAUGCUCGAACUUCAUGCCCCAUACAGUAUCAUCCGAGAGUACAUCCCCGGCAUUCUAAAUUAUAUCGUCCAACCCGGAUCAUCUCGCCGUCCGCUGCAAAUAGAUAUCACUUCUGUCCUCGCGCGGGCGCCCUUAUUAAGGUUAGGAUCCAUUCCAAGGAGUGCAUACAAGCGCUGCCUAAAUGCUCUCCUCGACCAACUCCACGACCUCCAGUUCUCUGUGAGAAUGCCCCGCAUCAUGGCACGGCUCAUGGAGGAUGUUCGAAGAGCACAGCGGGGAGAUUGGGUAUCCCUUCUCUGCACUUUCGCAUGCUACCGUGACCUUCUUGACCGAGAUCGGCUUCACGCAACCCAAGACCUCUGCGACGAUCUAAGCCUCUACGUCCUCCAAAUGCUCCACAAAAUCGCCGAGGAUGCUGACCUCUCUAUAUCGUUAAGCUUCGUCGAUCUACUGGAGAAAAGGAGGUUCCACGAAGGCAUGGAAAUCCUCUGGGAAGCGUUAUCGCGUUCGAGAGCGCGGUGGUUCGACCUCUACUGCUCGCGUGGAGAGAUCGACCUUUAUCUAUCGGGGCAGCCGUCGAGGCGGAUCAUGAAAUAUGUACGGCGGAAGCGGCUUACGGGGCAAGAAGAAUUAUCCCCGCCCGCUUUGACCUUUGGCUUGGGCCAAGCAGCCAGGAGAAGGCGCUUUCGGAACCCGUAUGAUUCGGAUGACAGCAUUGAUGGCUCUGGAGGGUUAUGGGGAGGGGGAAGGAGAGGACGACAGCUUUUCCAAGACGAGGGAUUUUGGAACUUUUUUUGA